AUGACUAGAGUUCUCAGUACUCUGCUUGGAUUGGCCGUGCUUGCCUCGACCAAUUUGUGGGGAGUUCUUGCGAUUUUUGACGAUGAAAUAAACAGCGUUGACUGGCAAUUAAGCAACAUCGGCAAGUAUGAAUGCAUCGUUCCAGUUUCCAUUGAGAACAGCAACGACCAACUCCUUGUACUCUCGACUUUGGGUGAUAAGUCUUUGCUAUCAUGGAUUGACAGCACCAAUGGACAGCUUCUUGACAGACUACCGCUAGACUUCCUCGCAACAGACGCGACGACCAGCAAUCGCAACGAGCUGGUUUUACAGAAAGAAGGAGAGGUCAAUGUUGUAAUUGAUCCAUUGAAUGGGUUAGGAAAUCAAGACAGCGAUGCCGCAUUCGACUAUCAAACAUAUUCCUCUUGCCGUCCUGAUUUGUCACUCGUUCAGUCUGCUAAUGGAAAAUUGAAAGUUCUUGACAAUGAUAAACAGCACGUUGUGUAUCUUCAGGAUUUGCCGGAAAAUUACAGUGGAGUAACGUACUUCAAGAGAUGUGAAGACGGCUCCUUUGAUAUCAUUACAUCCACGAGUGCCGGCGAGUACCAGUUUAGUAAAGUCGACAAUUUUGAGGUAACCCAGAGCUGGGCUCGAGACGAGUCUUUGACGAACAUCAAGGCAUUUGCAUUUUUAUCAGCUAAAGAUCCCUUGAGCUCGAAAAUCUUUGCCAAGAUUUCACAGGAAGAAUUUAUGAGUAUUCCAGAAGCUUACACUUACCGCUUGAGCCAAAAUGUGCAGCGCCUUAAGAAUUUCAUAGUAGAACGAAAUUUCUCUGUGGGAAACAUUGUGAAAGACAUAUUACUUGGUGAGGAUGACGAGGCCACGUUGCUACAAAAAGACAUCAAUUUCGGCUUCCUAAAAUAUCUCAUUGUCGCAACGGAGGAAGGAAGAAUUGUUAAUCUCGAUGCACGCACAGGAAGAAAACUUUGGUCUUUUGAGACCCAGCUGAAAGACAUUUCAAGAAUUGAGGCAACUAAUUCAGAAACAGAAAUUCUGAUUGUCGCCGAAUCUGGUGACUUGUGGCAUCUAGACAUCAGUGCUAUUGAAAAAGCGCCCUUUGUAUUGAAAAAAUCACAUCUUCCCGCGAACCGCCAUGCAGAGCCCUUUGAAAACGGAGAAUAUAUCUAUUUAGGAUUGGAGGAUGGCUCAAAGACAGUGUUCAAAAUUCACAAACCCAGACCAAAUGAAGAGUUUUAUUUGUUGGAUCAUAACGAGACUCACUUGAGUGCGUCUCUUUACAAGGACUAUGCUGUUGAGAAUACAUGGAAAAUUGAAUUAGACGAAGGCGAGAAGAUAAUUGCGUUCGCAAAAAGAGACCAGAGUCCAGUUGUGAGCGUAGGCAACAUUUUAGGAAACAGGACUGUACUGUACAAAUACUUGUAUCCUCACUUGGCCGCCUACGUGACAGGUGAAACUUCCACAGAAACUAUGACUAUCAGAAUAAUUGAUACCGUGACUGGAGAACUUGUGCACUCGGUUGUCCACAAAGACCUCGUUGAUUUGUCUUCUCCCAUCAAUUUAGUAUUGGGUGAACACUGGUGUAUCUACACCUACUUCAGCAGGGCUCCAGUUCCGGAGCAGAAGAUCGCGGUUAUCGAAUUAUAUGAGUCCCUAACACCAAAUGAACGAUUGAGCAACACCUCAUCAGAAAUCGACGCUUUGUCAAACGUUCUCAAGCCACAGGUCAUUCAAAAGGCGUACAUUUAUCCAGAAAUCAUCAAAAACUUAGCAUUGACAAAGACCAAGUUCGGAAUUACAAUAAGAUCUGUUGCUCUUGAGCUAGAAAGUGGUCAGAUCACUUACCUCCCCAAGUUUAUAUUGAACGCUCGCAGAGCUGAGGAAGCACUUAUGACCGCAGAUGACAAGAGAGAGUUCUUGAACUCUCCUUAUGUAAGCGCAAUCCCCAUCAGCGAUUUCACGAUUCUGACACAUCACAAGCAUGUCUUAUCUGGACCAAGCUCGGAGCUUGUUUCGGUGGCCACAAAUCUAGAGUCUACAAGCAUUGUUUGCAGCCUGGGCCAUGAUAUAUUUUGCACCAGGGUGUCGCCAUCAUCCCAAUUUGACAAGCUCAAGCCUAGUUUUCAAAAAGGCCAAUUGAUAUCAACAGUAAUUGGUCUGCUACUAGUCUGCUUCUUCAUCAGACCGAUGGUUGAUACUAAAAAGUUGAAGACCAAAUGGUUUGUUAAGGGCUAG